UGGAAAAGGGGAUUGAACUAAGGAAACGGGGAGGGCGGCAGAUAUUGGUAGUUUUGAGAACCCCCGAUUAGGACACGGACUUCCCCCCCGAUUCGUUUACAAACGAAUCUUUGGACGGACCGCUCAGUGACCAAGAUGUGAGCUGCGGGCCUCAGCGUCCGUGUCGUGUGUGCAGAGCACUCAACUCCUUCACUGAAGUCCCACCCUGAGUCUCAGUCUGUUCUCCUCCAGGCAGCCUGAGCCAGCUCGGCAAAUCCAGCCGACGACUCCCAAAUAACAUAUCUAGAUGCCAACAGUACAAUGAGUGUGAAGGCCUUUGAGCUGGUCCCCGCUGUGGGGCGUGAGCUCCUCAUGGCUGAUAAGGCACUCAUUAAUAUCGAGUGCAUUGAAUUCUGUGGGAAGCACUUGUAUGUGGGCACCAGUGAUUGCUUCAUAUACCAAUUCCUUCUGGAGGAGAGCGCUUCAGCCAAAGGCAAGGUGACAUACUCCCCCCAGAAGCUGCUGCACAAGUACCUGGGCCUGAAGAAGCCUGUGAGUGAGCUGAGGGCGACAUCUGCCCUGGAACGCCUCAUUGUGCUCUGUGACUGCACUAUCAUGGUGGUGGACAUGGCCAGCUUGGAGCCUGUGACCUCAAGUGGGACCAGGAUCAAGGGCGUCCUUAGCUUCUGUGUCAAUGAGAACCCAGUGAGCGGCGACCCGUUCUGUGUGGAGAUCGGGGUUAUCUUGGCUAAACGUCGGACCGUGCAGAUCUACAUGGUGUAUGAAGACAGGGUGCAGAUGGCGAAGGAGGUAGCCACACCUGAGCAGCCUUGUGCUGUCAGCCUUGAUGGCUACUUCCUGUGCCUGGCCCUUUCCACACAGUAUAUAAUCCUGAACUACAACACAGGGGCCUCCCAGGAUCUCUUUCCAUACAAUAGUCAGGAGAAGAAGCCCAUUGUGAAAAGGGUUGGUCGAGAGGAAUUUCUGCUGGCUGCUCCUGGGGGAUUAGGCAUGUUUGCCACAGCAGAGGGAAUCUCCCAGCGUGCUCCGGUAAAAUGGUCGGAGAACGUCAUUGGGGCAGCUGUGUGUUUCCCGUACGUUGUGGCUUUGGACGACGGCUUUGUCACUGUCCACAGUAUGCUGGAUCAGCAACUCAAGCAGACGCUGUCCUUCAGGGAUGGCCACAUUCUGCAGGACUUUGAGGGAAAGGUGGUGUUGGCCUCCACAAAGGCAGUGUAUGUUCUCGUGCCCCUGCCCCUGGAGAAACAAAUCCAGGACCUGCUUGCAGGACACCAUGUGGAGGAAGCCCUUACUCUCACUGAGGGGGCAAGGAGAAACAUUCCUAAAGAAAAGUUCCAGGUCAUGUAUAGAAGAAUUCUCCAGCAAGCAGGAUUCAUACUGUUUGGAAAUCUGCAAUUUUUAGAAGCAAAAGAACAUUUCAGGAAAGGCCAACUGGAUGCCCGGGAACUCAUUUCCUUGUAUCCCCUGCUAUUGCCUGCUACCACCUCCUUCACGCGCUGUCACCCGCCACUUCACGAGUUUGCUGACCUGAACCAGUUGGCACAGGGAGACCAGGAGAAGGUGCAGCAGUGCAAGCGUUUCCUCAUCAGCUACCUGCGCGAAGUGCGUGGCACCGAGGGCACCAAUGGUUGGCGUGAGGAUGUGGACACUGCCCUGCUCAAGCUGUACGCUGAGGAAAACCAUGAGAGCUUGCUGGAUCUGCUUGCCUCAGACAAUGCCUGCCUCCUCCCUGAAAGUGCCCCCUGGCUGGAGAAGCACUGCAAAUAUUUUGCACUAGGACUUCUCUACCAUUAUAAUGGCCAGGAUGAUGCUGCAUUGCAGACAUGGGUGCGCGUUGUGGAUGGGGAGCUCCAGGACUUCACUCGCUCUGACCUUUAUGAGUAUGUGGUUGAUUUUCUGAGUUUCUGUCCCAGUCUGCCUGUUGUGUGGAAGUAUGCAGACUGGGCCUUGAAAAAAAACCAGGAGGUUGGUGUGCAGAUUUUCACAAGGAGGCCCAAAGAAGAUAAACAGCAGAAACAAAUGAAUCCAGAUGAUGUCAUCAAGUACCUGCACAAGUAUAAGCAAGCCACAGUGUUGUACCUGGAACACCUGGUGCUAGAUAAACGGAUUCAGAAGGAGCGAUUCCACACUCAUCUAGCAGUGCUCUACUUGGAGAGGGUAUUGUCUCUCAUCUCCACAAGCCACACUCCAGCCAAGCAGGUGACCCAUGCACGGGAGCAGUUUCAGCGCCUGCUAAAGGAGUCCAACUUAUACCAGGUCCAUCUGCUGCUAGAUAAGGUCAACGACACUGAUCUGCUUGUGGAGCGUGCAACACUACAUGGCAAGCUGGAGGAGCAUGAUAAAGCGUUGUACAUCCUUGUGCAUCAGCUGAAGAGCCCCAGUGCAGCGGAGGAAUACUGCUCUUGGGCCUCGAUGUCACAGGACCACACCUACCGGCAGCGUCUCUUCCACCUGCUCCUGAGCUUAUACCUCAGCACUAAUGUGCCACACAGUGGACACACAGUGGCAGCAGUGGACCUACUGAACCGGCAUGCAGAAGUGUUUGAUGCUGUAAGCGUACUCCGGUCCCUGCCUGAAGCCUGGUCCCUGCAGCUGCUCCGGCCCUUCUUCAGCGGGGCGCUCAGGGGCAGCAUGCAUGCCCGUCGGACUGCUCAGGUGGCCCUUGGCCUGGCUCGCUCUGAGAAUCUGUUGUUGCACCACGACAGGCUGAAGUAUCUUGGAGGGCCAGUCUUUGUGUCGGAGAAGAAGGGCUGCCACUUGUGCCACAACACUUUCAGCGAGCCUGACUGCGUUUGUCUUCCUGGAGGAGUGCCCGUCCAUAUGCACUGUGCUGCCCAGAAGGCCAGAGACUCGCCUAUCAAGAGACACUGUAUGAAUCGCAGUAACCACACGUGAGCCUCUGCUUACCGCCCUGCCCACCUAGGCUCCACCCAGGACCCAGCCAGAAGGUGGUGAUAUGCUGCUGCUUGGUUUGAAUUUGUCAGACUUUGUGGGGGUAAAAAAAAGAAGAAAAAAAAAAGCACAGGCACACCAGUGGCCAAUAUUGCAGAACUAGCCUUGGAGCAAACAUGGGAAUCCUGAGCAUUAUCCAGAGUCUUCUAAAGAAACCUGUGUAUGGGCACACAUAUGCGUGCACCUCUGACAUUUUUCUUCUCAUCUCUGUCCUUUUGAAAUGAUGAAACUGACUGACAAACUGUGAAUACUCUCACUUAAAGAAGCACUAAAACGUAAAUCAUGGCCUCCAUCCAAAGGCAACAGCAGAGAAAGAAAAUGAACUGUUCCAAUAUCACCAAGGGCUUGAUCUGUGCUGAACUCUUCAUACACCCCUGUAGCGAUCCGUUGUGGUGCUGUCCUCUGAGAUGUACUGGUGUAACAUGAAUGUGGGGUUUUCUUGCUGGACUGCUCACAAGCCCAUGUAAUGUCAGAAGAGUCAUACAGUACGCCUUGGAACAAAAAUCCUCUCAUUUUGCGUGUGUUUCUGUUAACAGAAGCUCCCACUGGCCUGUGAUUUAGUCUGUGCACGGUUCACUUUGUUCUUGUUUGCACGAUUGUACUGUUUGGUGGGUUCACUUUGCUCUCUCCUGUUUUGUAGUCCUAUUGAUUUGCUUCGCACAUUUUCUCUCUUUCUCAGACUGAUCCCACAAGUGUUUUGAUAUCGGUUUCCAAACAGUUGAAUUAGACAUGUUAAACACAGUGAAUAUUCAAUGAAAUCAAAACAGUUUGUGUUUCUCUGCCUGACAACUGCUAGCUGGCUAACAUGGGAAAUGUAUAAUGAAUAAAAAUCAGUAUGUGGGUCUUCAUUCUCUAACCACAGGUUAGUGUUCAGUUUGCUUAAUCACAUCAGUUUUGCAGUCAUAAGCAGCUUGUUCCAGACUGUCUUCAAUCUGCUAGUAAGUGCAGGUUUGUUCCGAUAUCUUUCAUGAACUGCGGACAAAAUUGGUUGGAAGAAAUUGCUCAUAAACUGUUCUGUCUGUCUUUUGUGGGAGAAAAAAAAAAACAUUACAGAACUUAAAUGUUGAAAUUCAACCUUCAUUUCAUAGUGAAAUCUAUGUUCUGUUUAUUUCAAAGUUUACAGCAUAUUAUUUGCAUGUUUGGUGGGUACUUAAUAGCCACUUUUUGUUAGGGGAACUCAAGGAAUCAAAAGGGAAGUAAGAUGCUAUGCGGUGUAGCAGAAUAAACUGCAAAUCUCCUUUUAAUGUGAUAAUUUUGCCUAGUUCUGUUCAGAAAUUACUAGCUACUUAUCAAGUUUUUUUUUUUUUUUUUUUUUUGGGUUCCCCCUUCCUGCUAAGCUGUCAGCUCCUUUCAUGUAUACGGUUGUAGGUUUGUGGAAACUCAUGUUUUCAGUAUUACAGGACAUCAGUGAGCAGCAGCGGACUGACGAGUUAUCUCGAACCAUAGACCCUUAAAGGAAUCUUCAAACUGAUCCACAGUCCGUCGCCCAUUGGGAUUUUUUUACCAUGAUGUACUUGAUGUGAAUAGUCUGUUUCUGCAAAAUUUAUGUGAACUGAAGUCGAGUGCACAACCUCCUUUAUGUGGUUUGCGUUCACUGUAAGGGCAAAUACAAUGUCCUGCUUGUGCUUGAACUCUUGUUUAGCCUAAGAGAUGCCUGUAAUAUUGUACAGUUUAAACUGUAUGUUGUAUGCUGACAGUUAUUCCUAUGUUGUGGUGCAGAAACCCAUAUGGCAUAGGCCAUAUGGGGCAGGAAUAUAAUCCACAGGCCUGAUGGGAAGCCAAAGCUGCCAUGAAGAUCAAGCCUCAGAGGAGCAGUCACUCUCCCUCCAUGGUGCUGGAGAGUGUCACAUGGUCUGCAACUUGAGUCAUCGUAAUUUAGGGACCUCCUGAAUUGCCUGAUGUAUGUUGUUCUGCAACGCUGAAAGCGAAAGAGCUCAAAUUUUUCGCCAAAAGCUUUACAGUCAUAAUUACUGUCCACUACGGGCCUAUUUAAGAAAACACACUCUCGCUCAUUAAGCAUAUCAGUGUUUAUGUCAAUUUGCAUUUUAAUUCACUCCCAACAGACUAUUAACCUAACUGAAAAUGCACAUCACCAUAAGAUUUUAUUAAAUUUUCACCCCUAAAUAAAUUUGUUGGUCUGUCGUGAUGCCCUUGUAAAAUUAAGUACUUGUGUCGGUAUAAAAGGCUUUUCUCGUCUUUCUAGUGCCUACAGUUCUCUUCCAGCUUCAGCCAGACUCCGUCUGUGAGAGUAGAACUGAACCUCCCGAUCAGGUUAUUGAUUCUGGUUUGGAGGUUUUGUGUAGGAGGAGUAAUCUCGCUCCCCUAACCAAACCUCUAAUGCGAAAAUAGUAUCUUUUAACAUUUCUUUCCACCUAUUCUGUCCCUUGGCUUAACUUUUCUAUCUGCCAUUGUACUUUAUAAAUAUAUAUAGAAACCUGUGUAUAUAUUUAUAUUGUGUGUUGCUUUGUAAAUCAAUGCCAAUGUAGGUGGAAUGUACAAAAUGUGUCCAUUUUAAUAAAUAUGACUAAGUUCAUUCUUACCCUUUGUUUUUCCAAACUUUUCAUA